GACUUCAGCCUGCCAAUUGAUGACAGUCUCUCCAUCAUCAAACUACAGAAGGCCUGCUCUGCAGACUCCUCCUCUUCCUCCCUCGUCUCCACCAUCCUCUUCCAGAGCGCCAUUGUCAAGAUGUACCUUAGCAACGCCCUGGUGGACAUGGCGUUUGCUCUGAGCAAAGCGCACCACUUCGACGGUGAGACCUUCCAGGGGGGGCGGGCCCUGAUCACGGCGGGGGUGUCGGAGGUCAAGGCCAGCGUCAAACGAGGGAGGUUCCUAUUGGCCAGGCUGGCGCUGGGACGAGUCUGUCACACACUACAGGAUUUCUACAGCCACAGUAACUGGGUUGAGAUGGGGAACAGACAGCCGUACAGCACUCUGAUCAGACCUGACCUGCAACUGGUGAACCUGGCAGGCCCCAGUACUCCGACCUGUAGGAGCUGUAUGGGAGGUAACUGUACUGAUAACAUCCUACCAGAGGUCUUACAGCAGGGCCUUCUCACCUCUGGAUACUUCAACCUGUUCUCCUCCAACAAACCUGCAGGUAAGUGUAGCCACGGCGGGUCGUUUGACCGGACCAGCGGUCGGGACCCGAAAGGGGGCAUCAACAAGGACGACGUGGGGUCCAGUCACGGUCACCUCCACCACACUGCAGCCGACGUGGCCGUCAACGCCACCAUGGAACUGUUGGAGGACAUCAGAGGAGCUGCCGGGGACAAAGACUUCCUACGGUUAAUGGACAUCACCCAGUCACCAGUGUUGUGUUUUGUCAUCGACACCACAGGCAGUAUGAGUGAUGACAUCACUGAGGCUAAGAGAGUGUCCUUCUCCAUCAUCGACAGUAAGAGAGGAACCCAGCAGGAACCUUCAUCAUACAUCCUGGUCCCCUUCAACGACCCAGAAUUUGGACCUCUGAUCACCACAACAAAUGCAGACAUUUUCAAACAGAGAAUCAACACACUGACAGCAUCAGGAGGAGGAGAUAUACCAGAGCUGUGCCUGUCAGGACUACAGCUGGCCCUCACGGCGGCGCCACCUCCUCUGAGAUCUUUGUGUUCACUGAUGCUCCUGCUAAAGACACUGCAUUGA